AUGUCUACUUCACCAUCACCUGCAUCAGUGCUAAACUUCAAUGCGCUCUUCGAUAAUCCUCUGUUCGCCGGAGGAAUCGGCCUCGCCUCCUUAGGAGCUGCCGCGGCGUUUGCCCGCAAAGGAUCAAUCGUCGUCCUCGGAGCUGCUCGCCGCCGGCUUCUUGUCAAUGUCGAGAUAAGCAAACAAGAUCCGGCGUAUCCCUGGAUCCUCGCAUGGCUGUCGCAGCCUCGUGAGACGCCGGGCUUUAUUGCCUCGCGGCUCACAAGAAUUCACAACCUGUCAGUGGCGACAGCGACAGCUUCAAGAGGACAAGGAGCAGGCGGGCCUAUCAACGCUCAUUUCUUUCUUCAGCCGGGAUAUGGCCGCCACAUUGUCAAGUUUGGCAAGGCUUUCAUUUCGGUCAACAGAGAGAAGCACAACACGGCGAACAUGAAUACCGGAGAGCCGCAUGAGAUUGUCCAGUUGACCACCCUCUGGGCGCAUCGACAUGUGUUUGAAGACCUCUUUAGAGAGGCGCACCAAUUGGCUGCAAAAGCCAACGAAGGAAAGACGGUAGUUUAUUCCGCACGUGGACUUGAAUGGAGUCCGCUUGGAGAUCCUCGAAAGAAGAGGCCCCUCGGCUCAGUCAUAUUGGACGAGGGGAUCAAGGAGAGCAUAGUUGGCGAUGUCAAAGAUUUCUUGACAAGGCAGCAGUGGUAUGUUGAUCGGGGUAUCCCUUACCGGAGGGGAUAUCUCCUGUUUGGGCCUCCAGGAAGUGGCAAAAGCUCGUUUAUCCAAGCGCUGGCGGGAGAGCUUGACUUUGGUGUUGCCAUGAUCAACCUCAGCGAAAUGGGUAUGACGGAUGAUAAAUUGGCAUACCUCCUUACGAAACUGCCCAAGAGAAGUUUGCUUCUGUUGGAAGAUGCGGACGCCGCCUUUGUCAACCGCCGACAGCGAGACACGGAUGGAUACAGCGGUGCCAAUGUCACCUUCUCGGGUCUUCUCAAUGCACUGGAUGGUGUCGCAGCCGGUGAAGAGCGCAUAGCUUUCCUUACUACCAACCACAUUGAGCGCCUAGAUCCUGCAUUGAUCCGGCCCGGCCGGGUGGACAUGAUGCUGAAAAUUGGGGAGGCAACAAAGUACCAGGCUACACAGAUGUGGGAUCGCUUUUAUGGAGAUAUUGACCAGGAUCACUCUGGUCGGGCACGGUUCUUGGAACGGCUGGAAGAGCUCGGCUUGUUUGGACAAUACAAGGAUGGACAAGCGUCUAAUCGUCACACGAGCGCUGCUGCUAUUCAGGGCUUAUUCCUGUUCAACAAGAGCGAUAUGCAAGGUGCCAUCAACAUGGCUGAGGGUCUGAUUCCAAGGAAAUUUGAGGCCGAACGCCCAACUCCCGACGGGGUUAUCAAGACGCCAGUCUGA